AUGUUACCCAUUAUCAUCUUCUUCCUUGUUUGUGCUCAUCAGUAUUGUACUGCAGAGGCACAGUCAUCGUCUCCCGACGACUUAAUGGAAACUUUAUGGGACCUGUCGUCAGUUGGUGUAAUUCUUGAAGGCGUCAUUGCAACAAUUCUCUUAGUUUUCAUCUUUGUAUGGCUCCUAAACCGUUUCAGAUCCUCACAAAACAACUUAGAAGAGACACCGAAUUCUGAAAAUGACAUUGGUAUAAAUCCUCAACUUCUUCAAACUUUCCCAAUCUUAUUGUACUCUUCCAUUACCAAACAUCUUAAAGAAGGUGAUGAAGGUCCUCUACCAUGUGCUGUGUGUCUUUCUGACUUCAAUGACAAUGACACUGUUCGUGUUUUACCUCAAUGCAAACAUUUCUUUCAUCCUUCAUGUAUUGAUGCUUGGCUUUCUUCACAUGUCACUUGUCCUGUUUGUCGUACUGAGCUCAACGAUCAACAUUCCUUUCAGUUGGCCAUUUCUGUCGACACACAAAUCAAUGGUCGUUGUGGAAUUGAAAGGGUAUAG